CAUGGAAGAGAAUUUUGAAGAAAUCGAAGAACUUGAACAAGAGUUGAAAGAGUCUUGCUUGGAUGAUUGUACUAUCAUGAGUGAUUUAGUUGACGAUGAUUGAAGAAUGGUGUACUUGAUUAUUAUCGAACAAUGAUGUCUUGUGUGAUCAUGAGUAUGAUGUACUUGAUUAUUAUCGAACAAUGAUGUAUUGUGUGAUCAUGAGUAUGA